CCCUACUGAUGCCUAGAAAGCUUCCAUUAGAUCUGGAAAAAGAGAUACUCGUUCGGGUUCCACCUCUAUCUCUUGUUCGCUUCAGAUCCGUUUGCAAAGAUUGGAACACUCUUUUCAGCAGUAAGAUAUUCGUCAACAAAAACUUUGCUUGCGCUCGCGCAGAAUUCAUGAUAAAGACACAUUCUCAUAUCUCUUCGGUAAGCGUCGAUCUCAACGACGAUCCAACGAUAACAGUGAAUGAUUUAUGCUUUGAUUUACGCCUUCCCCAUUAUUAUUAUCUCAAUGGGAUAUGCGAUGGUUACUUCUUCAUGGAAGACAGAAGAGAACGCAUGGUAAUUUGGAACCCGUUGCUGAGACACACUAAAAGGAUUGCCAAUGAUGAUGAGAUAUGUGGCAGAGAUAUGGGUUACGAUGGUAGAAACCCCGAAAAGAGUUACAAGAUUAUUGGACGGUGCAGUGUUAAUUCGACCGAUAGAGUUGCAGUCUUGGAAUGUGCAACCAAUACGUGGAAGGUCACUCAUCGUCCCACUUCUCCUGAAGAGUUAUUCUCACGCGACUCGUCUAGGGUCUACCUGAAUGGAAAUUUAUACUGGACAGGUUAUGAGGAGCCCGAAACUGGCGAGUAUUUCAUUGAAAUGCUUGAUUUUUCGAAUGAGAUGAUAAAGAUCUUUUGUAAACUACCGUGCGAGGGGAGAAGAGCUUCUUCCCGUAUUCGUGUCCUCUCGGUUUACAAGGGAGAUCGGUUUUCAGUGUUACAACAGCGCAUAAGGACAAGAGAGAUUAAGAUUUGGGUGACAGAGAAGAAAAUUGGUAAUACCGACGAUGGAGGCGAUGUGGUGUGGAUCAAGUUCAUGAAUAUCUCAAGACCUGGCUUCCCCUUAGUACUUGAUUAUCACAAGUCUAUAAGUUACUUCGUGGAUGAUAACAUCUAUGGAAAGAGCUUUGUUCUGUGUUGUUACAGCAAGAAACGUAAGAAACCUAGAAAAGCUUGGGUCUAUAUUGUAAGGGGAGAUAUGUGCAAAAAGAUUAAGAUAGAUGGAGUGAACUGUAGGUUUGAGUCCUCUGUCUAUAUUCCCAGUUUGAUCACUAUUGCUUGA